UGGUUGAACGUCUUAUACUCUUCCUCCUCUCUCUUAAAUGAGCAUCAUUAUUCAGCACGCCUUCUUUCUCGAAAUAGCCUGCAUUGGGAUGCCGGUGGUAUAAAGUUUUUAGGGAAAAACAAUACCCGCUCUCAUUCGGGUUUUAAUCAGAGGGUCGCUUUCUUUUGUGCUCAUAUGGCAGAGGAGGUUUUGAUAGAUCCUAAUGGGAAAUCUAGAGGGCAUCUAACCUCAUCCCUGUUGGCAGUAGCGUUCCUCUCUUCCUUUGGGAGCUCCAUGCUCUAUGGUUAUAACCUGGCUGUGGUUAAUUCUCCUGCUCAGUAUAUAAAGGACUUUUUUAACCAAACCAUUGUCAGGCGGAAUGGGUCAGGAGUGGAUGAAGAAACUCUCACGCUUAUGUAUUCAGUCACUGUGUCUAUAUUUGCCAUUGGAGGCCUGGUUGGCUCUCUCACAGUGGGAAUGCAGGUUACCAGAUUUGGGAGGAAAGGGACACUGGUACACAGCACAGUUCUGGUGUUUAUCGCUGGAGGGCUGAUGGGUUUCAGCCGAUUAUGUGGAUCUCCAGAGAUGAUCAUCAUUGGGCGCUUCAUUACAGGGAUACAUUCAGGAAUAUCUCUCAGCGUUGUGCCAAUGUAUCUGGGAGAAAUUGCUCCAAAGAAUCUCCGGGGCUUCCUAGGGCUCGUGCCCAGCAUCUUCAUCUGUAUAGGAGUGUUUAUCGCUCAGAUUUUAGGACUCCAUGAGAUCUUGGGCAAGGAAGAGCACUGGCCUCUGUUUCUCUCCCUAGUCGUGGUGCCUACAUUCAUUCAGCUCAUGUUGUUGCCGUGGUUUCCAGAGAGUCCGAGAUAUCUGUUGAUUGAAAAGCGAAACAUUCAUGCCACUAUCACAGCACUGAAGUGGUACCGUACCAAGUCUAACAUCCAGGCUGAGGUAGAGGAGAUGCAGGAAGAGCAGCGCUCUUUGUCCUCAAUGGACACUGUCUCAGUAUUGCAGCUCAUCAGGGAUCCCUCUGUUCGCUGGCAGCUUGUUACAGUCAUUGUGGUCAAUGCCGGGAUGCAGCUGUCCGGAAUCGAUGCGAUCUGGUUUUACACCAAUACCAUCUUUGAGAAUGCCGGGAUUCCUGCUCCUCAGAUUCAGUACACAACCGUUGGCACUGGAGCCAUAGAGGUCAUCGCUGGACUCGUAGGGUGCUUUACUAUAGAGCGUGUGGGUAGGAGGCCUCUGAUGAUUGGUGGCUUCAGCUUUAUGGGCUUGUGCUGUGCUGGAAUCACUUUCUCCCUCAUGUUACAGGCUCAUUUACCCUUUAUGCGGUACAUCAGUGUGGCCUGUGUGGUUGGAAUCAUCGCUGGAUUCUGCAUUGGGCCUGCUGGUGUCCCAUUCCUCAUGACAGGAGAGCUCUUUAAACAAUCCCAUCGACCUUCUGCCUACAUUGUAGGAGGAUUUCUCAACUGGAUAUCAAACUUCACUGUGGGAUUUGUCUUUCCGUUCCUUCAGAUGUCAGCUGGAGCGUUCUGUUACCUGGUGUUCUGUGGUGUGUGUGUGGGGGUGGCAGCCUACGUCUACUUCAUCAUCCCUGAAACAAAGAACAAAACCUUUGUGGAGAUCAGUGAGAUGUUCGCCUCAAGAAACGCUUGUGAAAUUGAAAACCAGCCGCCGGGAACCACUGGCCAACUCAGGCUCAAAAAGAUGAAUGGGUAUGGAUCACUGGUGUCAGUAGAUGUGGAAAAAAUGGACAGAAUAGAGAAAUAGUUGUGAAAAAAGAGGGCCGUAUGCUGUGUUCUGGUGCUACAAAACACUGUUCCGAGUGCUGUGAGAAUGUGAUGUUUUCAUUUAAGAAUUAUUCUGUGGAGUAUUUACUACAAAAGCACCAUUAAAGCAGCCCAUAUGAUUUGUACAAUGUAGCGCACAAGUCCUAGGAGAUACGUUUAUGGUGCUUUUGUUUGCAGGUCUUUUGAAAGCCAUACAAUAGUUGAUGAUCAGACAAACGUCUCACGUCUAUCUGACAAAAAUGGAGCCUCGAUGGAAAUCAACAACAUCAGACAUCGUUGCUUGACUGCUAGCCAAAUGUCAAAACUGCAUAUUAGAUGCCAUAUUUG